ACGUCAUUUUGGUACUGCUGCUGUUUUGGAUUCCAAAGAUUCGCCGUGAAGCAGAACGACGUCGAAACAUGCAUAGCCAUACGAAAUGGCCGGGUGAUAUUUGUACUGAAAUCUAUGAAUUCUCAUGAUCCGGAAAGUUCGCAACAGCUGAUCGUGCAUGGUGACGCCGUCAAGGAUGUAGCAUUUCGUGUCGAUUCUAUAGAUGCCAUGCAAAAGGUAAUAUCUUCAAUAGUU